ACCCCACCCCCACCCAGCUGCGCAGCUCUAUAUGAAUGGCGGACCCGUCGGAUGUGACAGUCUCGCUCUCACUAGCUUACUCACACUAUCAGCGUCUGCCUCCAUGGGAGCGGUGCUUUAUCUCCUCUCUGGACUGUCCGCCAUUGAUAUUCAUCUCUGGGCAUGAGCUGACAGCGCGGAGGUUUCAGAUCUGACAAGACUCACACUUGUUUGGUGGAAUCAUCAACCAAUGAGGCAUGCAAAUAUGCAAAAUGUUGGUGGGCAGUCGAUGCGAAUCACACGCUCUAGGGCUAUAACAUUUGCCUCUUCUGAUGGACUGCCCCCUUUACAUCCUUCAGGCACAGAGAAUGGGAAACAGAUUCAGAGAGCAAGCUGCAAAAGAGCAGCAUCAGAUGAAAACAUUCCAACAAGUGGUGCCCCUUCUUAUGUUCAACAGAAGAAAAGAGCUGUUCUUAGAAAUGUCACUAACGUAGUCUGUGAGAGUUCGUACUUGAAUUGUAUGCCUGGAACUAAAGUCCAGGAUAAAAAAAUUCCGGACAAGAAAAAUGCAAAGGUGAUACCUGCUGUACUAGGUAAAAAAAGGCCACAUGUUACGGAUGAAAUGCAGGAAAGUAUCACUGAAGAACCAAACAAAUUGAAGGUCGAGAAAUCAGAACGUAGCUCAUACACAAACUGUAAGAAGAAUGCAUCAGCGCAGCAAAGCAAUCGUGCCACUAUAGGACAAAGCAGGGCAUGUGGUGUUAUGCAACUAGUGAAGUGUAACUCUACAACUGUCCCGCAGCCGACUACACCACAAAUUGAUGAUGGCAAAAUUUGCCCAAAGAUAAAUGACUUGGCCAGUCUGGGAAUUACAGAUAUAGAUACAAAUCACAUGGAUCCACAAAUGUGCACUCUGUAUGCUGCAGAUAUAUAUGCAAAUCUACAUGCUAAUGAGCUUGACCGGAGACCAUCUGUUGAUUACAUGGAAAAGCUUCAGCGAGACAUUACUGAAGGUAUGCGGGGCAUUCUGAUCGAUUGGCUUGUGGAGGUUUCUGAAGAAUACAAGCUGGUUCCAGACACCCUUUAUUUGACAGUGAAUCUUAUAGAUCGGUUUCUCUCAGAAAACUACAUUGAGAAACGAAAACUGCAACUGCUUGGCGUUACAUGCAUGCUAAUUGCUUCAAAAUAUGAAGAAAUUUGUGCACCACGUGUCGAAGAAUUUUGUUGCAUUACAGACAAUACAUACUCGAGAGAAGAGGUUGUAAAAAUGGAGAGUCAUGUUCUUAACCUUUUGGACUUCCAACUUUCUACUCCCACAACCAAGAAAUUCCUUAGGAGGUUCGUUCAAGCAGCACAGACUUCUUAUCAGGUUCCUUCUGUUGAAUUGGAAUUCAUGGCAAAUUAUUUGGCAGAGUUGACUCUUGUUGACUAUAGUUUCCUUAAGCUUCUCCCUUCUCUUAUUGCUGCUUCUGCUGUAUUUCUUGCAAGGUGGACUCUUGAUCAGUCCAAACACCCAUGGAACCCUACCCUUGAGCAUUACACCAGGUACAAGGCAUUAGAGCUGAAAACUACAGUUUCAGCUUUGCAAGACUUACAACAAAACACCAAGGGGUCUUCCCUUAAUGCCAUACAUGAAAAGUAUAAACUGCCUCAGUUCAAAUGUGUUGCAACUAUAACAUCACCGAAAGCAGAUGAAUCUCUGUUCUAGAAGCAUCAGACUCACCCUGCUGCUGCUGCUACUAUUGUCUAUUACUAUAAGUUGUCCUUCAUAUACCCCCCCUAAAUGUCAGAUAAGAGCUCUCAUUCAUUUGUUCAUUCCCCUCCAUCCUCAAAUGGCUGAUGGUAUCUGUUAGAUCAAAUUUUGGUACAAAUGUUACGCUUUCCGUAACGUGGGAUUUUCAGAUACAAUUAUUCAAAAGCACGAUGGUGUUAUUAGUCUGUAUUUAGGAAAGCGUUGUAGUUAAGAAGAAAGCAAAAGCAGCCGAUGCAUAGUUUAGUUGCUGCCUUGAAGGAGCUAUCUAAGCUCCUUGUGUACAAACGGUUUCAAAUCUUGUGCUAUUUAUGAUCUCUUUUCAAUAUACUUGAUCCAUUAUUUCUAUGCGAAAUUGAUCUCAAUGAUCCA